UCCUGAUCUUUACCUAAACCAAUAACAUAUGGUUUUGUUGGAUGACGCUCCUGCUGGCCACACCCUCUGGCCUAUUAGAGAAGAAAGAAAUUUGGAUCUCCAGUUCAGUUUUAGAAAUGGCAUCCAUUUCAGCUCUAACAGAGGAACUGGAUUCUGUGACAAAUGAGCUACAUGCGGUAGACAUUCAAAUUCAAGAACUUACGGAAAGGCAGCAGGAGCUUCUUCAGAAAAAAUCAGCCCUAACAAAGAAAAUAAAGCAGUGUUUAGAGAAUUCAGAGGCUGGGGCCAGCAAAGAAUGUGAUUCUUCACCAGCUGCUUGGAAUAAAGAAGAUUUUCCAUGGUCUGCUAAAGUGAAAGAUGUUCUGCAAAAUGUCUUCAAACUGCAGAAGUUCAGACCACUUCAGCUUGAAACUAUUAAUGUAACAAUGGCUGGAGAGGAGAUAUUUCUGGUUAUGCCUACUGGAGGUGGGAAGAGUUUAUGUUACCAGUUGCCAGCAUUGUGUUCUGACGGUUUUACACUUGUGAUUUGCCCAUUGAUCUCUCUUAUGGAAGACCAAUUAAUGGUUUUAAAACAAUUAGGAAUUUCAGCUACCAUGUUAAAUGCUUCCAGUUCUAAGGAGCAUGUGAAAUGGGUUCAUGCUGAAAUGGUGAAUAAAAACUCCACGUUAAAGCUAAUUUACGUGACUCCAGAGAAAAUUGCCAAAAGCAAAAUGUUUAUGUCAAGACUCGAGAAAGCCUAUGAAGCACGGAGAUUCACCCGCAUUGCCGUGGAUGAGGUGCACUGCUGCAGCCAGUGGGGUCACGAUUUCCGACCUGAUUACAAAGCCCUGGGUAUCCUGAAGCGCCAGUUCCCUAACACGUCUCUAAUCGGGCUGACUGCAACUGCAACGAACCAUGUUCUAAAGGAUGCUCAGAAAAUUUUAUGUGUUGAAAAGUGUUUUACUUUUACAGCUUCUUUUAAUCGUCCUAAUCUUUAUUAUGAGGUUCGACAAAAGCCUUCAAAUACGGAAGAUUUUAUUGAGGAUAUUGUAAAGCUCAUUAAUGGGAGAUACAAAGGGAAAUCAGGAAUCAUAUAUUGUUUUUCUCAGAAAGACUCUGAACAAGUUACUAUUAGCUUACAGAAGUUGGGAAUUCAUGCUGGGACUUAUCAUGCCAAUAUGGAACCAGAAGAUAAAACCAAGGUUCACACAAGGUGGUCAGCCAAUGAACUUCAGGUAGUAGUGGCAACAGUUGCAUUUGGUAUGGGAAUUGAUAAACCAGAUGUGAGAUUUGUUAUUCAUCAUUCAAUGAGUAAAUCCAUGGAAAAUUACUACCAAGAGAGUGGGCGUGCAGGUCGAGAUGACAUGAGAGCAGACUGUAUUUUGUAUUAUGGCUUUGGAGAUAUAUUCAGAGUAAGUUCAAUGGUGGUCAUGGAAAAUGUUGGACAGCAGAAGCUUUAUGAGAUGGUCUCAUACUGUCAAAACAUAAGCAAAUGUCGCCGUGUAUUAAUAGCUCAACAUUUUGAUGAAGUAUGGAACUCAGAAGCAUGUAACAAAAUGUGUGAUAACUGCUGUAAAGACGUUUCAUUUGAAAAAAAGAACGUAACAGUGUACUGCAGAGACCUGAUCAAGAUCUUGAAGCAGGCAGAGGAACUAAAUGAAAAACUCACUCCACUGAAACUGAUGGAUUCGUGGAUGGGAAAGGGCCCAGCGAAACUGAGAGUGGCUGGUGUCGCUGUUCCCACGCUUCCUCGUGAAGACCUGGAGAAAAUGAUAGCGCACUUUCUUCUACAGCAGUAUCUGAAAGAAGACUACAGUUUCACAGCUUAUGCUACUAUUUCAUAUCUGAAAGUUGGACCCAAAGCUAAUCUUCUGAACAGUGAAGCACAUGUUAUUAGUAUGCAAGUGAAAAAGCCUACACAGAGCUCUUUCAAGGCUGAAUCAUCUGAGACUUGUUCUGAACGAGUAGAUAAAAUGAGGGGAGAAAAAAAUUCAGGUAACUUCCAGAAUUCUGCAAACAUGUUUCAACAACCUGGUUCUAAGAAUCCAAGGGGCAAGAAAAGAAAACUUGAUGAUGCCAACGAUGCCUGAAAUAAUUGUUACUAAUCUUCCAGAAAAGGAAUAGUUCACACGUGCACCAUUAUUUUUGUAGUUAAAAUUUAAAGAACAAUUUGAUUGAUGUUUUAUACUUAUAGAACUAUUUCUUCAGAGUUUAUCUCUGAAGAUUUGAGAAUUUGACAUCUCUUGAUUGGAGAUCAGGUAUUGUACAAUUAUACUGUAUGAAACAAAGGAAAACUAAAUCCUCAUGUAAAAGUCUUUAAAUGGAAAAUACUUGAGACAAGUUCAUGUAAGUAUGAUAAGCAUUUUAGAACUUGGUAUGCCUAUUGCAUUUUUUCCUUUGGCGGAACUUAUACUGACAUAGGCUUCUCACUACAAAUGGUAUUUUAAGGAUGAUAAUGUACAUGAUUUCAAAAAAGAACACAUCAACAUAAAUGAUAUUAGCAAAUCAAAUACUGUUGUAUCUAAGUAAACUAAAACGACAGGUUUACUAAAACUACUUUUCAAAAAGAAUGGAUCUGGCCUAUUAUAGUACAUUUUAGCUACAUAAGUAACAAUUUAGCUAAAUAUGUUCCAAAACCUAAGUCAUAAGUGAAAUGUUUAAAGCUUAAAAAUGACUAAGUAUCUUAAAAUAUCUUACAGAAGAAGAGGUCAAUUUUGUAUUAGAAAAAUGUAGACGUAAAGAAAUUACUUGAACUGAGUUCAUGUUUAGAAUUUUGUCUCUUUAAUAGUUUUCUGCAUUUUUACCCCACUUCGGUGCUGGGGAUAGAACCCAAGGCCCCAGUAUGAUGUCAGGUGAUACUUCCUGUGUUUUUAAGUUCCAUUCAUCAUUAAAUCAGUUCAGCCAUUCAUUUCACGGAGUCUAGUUUUCCUUAGUUAAAACUUAUGUGAAUCUUGAAGAAAUCCCAUUUUAGUCAAAAUAAUCUUCUAUAUCAAUAUUUGGAUCUAGCAGUUCUUCUCCAUAUGGUGAAAGAUCCAUUUGGUUUAAAAUUAAGUUUUCAAAUGUCUCCUCUAAAUCCGUUUCACCAAUUAAAACAGCUCCCAUCAUACGUCCGUUCUGCAUGACAACUUUGACAUACUCUUGUCCUUUGGUGCAUCUCAGCAUUAAUUCAUGAUCUGAACCCAAGCCCUGUGCAUUAUAUUUCCCCAGCAAUACAACCUUCACAUAGAGAUUAAAGAAAAAAAAAGUCACUCUCAUGAGUACCAAGAAAGAAGACAUACAACUGCAAAAAAAAAAACGUAUUCAACAAAGUUUUACAGCUCAAAAUAUCAUUGGAGAGGGUCCCAAAGAACACAUUAUUUUACAGAUAACAUUGUCAUGCAAUUUAGAUUUACCAUUAAAAAAUCAGUGACUAUAUUAUAUUUAAUAUUUUAAACAUUGGAAGUCUCUGGAGAAUAUAAGUGGACGAUACUACACUCUCUACAUGAACAUUAAAAGUAUCUAGUGAAUAUGUAAGUAUACAGAACAUGAACUACAUAGCCUACAAUUCCAGUUUAAAUAUUUAAUGAGGAAUUGAGUUAGGUCUUUUGUGGAUAGAUUAUUUAAUCUCCUUGAAGCUGUUUUUUCCUUAUCAGUAAAUUUGGAGGGAAAACAUCUGCUGCAGAAUAAUUUGACAAAGACCAAAUAAAAUAGUAUGAAUGAGAAAACACCUGGUUCAUUCCUAAGUACGGUACCUUUUAGUUUCCCUCACAAAGAUACUAUAAAUCUCAAAUAAAACUUAGAAACCUACCAUGGAACAAACCUACGGUGAAAGUUUUUUCCCCUCUUAACUGUAAAGUGGUAUAGUAAUAUAAUAAUUAAGAAUUAAGAGCAGUGAUAUCAUUGGCUUGCAAGAAGAGAGUUUUUUUUUUUUUUAAUGAUUGAAACCAUGUACAUUUUUUAGUGAGAAACAUAGAUAGAAUAUAUUUAAUUACCAGGCCAAAAGAAGAAAUUGUAUUCAUUUGCUUAACCAUCUUACCUUAAAGUUGAAAAACUUGGUUACAUGAGCAAACAGCUCAAAGCUGAAAUCCAUGUCAAUGCAGUUCCCCAGGCGAGCUGCAGUCAUGCACUUAGCAGCGUACCAGCCCAUCUGUCUAGCCUGUGUCCACAGCCUCAUCUGCAUGGGAAAAAGUUACACAGCAUCUUUGCUUCGUUAUCAUUACUUGGAAAUUUAACCUUGCUAAUUCCCUUAAAGAGGUUCAGUGCUUGCAGUUCAUUUGGUUCUAGUUAUUGUCAUCUUUGCCACUGAAAGUCACCAGUGUACCCUAAUCAAGCUGCCUUGGAUAUUCUUUUAUUCUGUCUUUAUUACUGCCUCUAAAAAUUAAGGAGAGAAUCCACCAAUCAGAAGUUCUACUAACUAGAUUUCUAUACAAAAAUAUUUCAGAUUACCUCAGAAAUUACAUUUUAAUUAACCAACACCUCUUUGAAGUCUAUCAUCAGUAUCAGCAUACAUAUUAAACUAUUGUGGAAAAAUCUGUUUCAUUUUCCAGUAACCUUCAUUUUUCAAGCAUUAGUCAAGGCCUACUGUGCUAUUAACCUCACAGAUACUGGUAUCAGUGGGCCAGACUCCAGACAUCAGAUUUUAGCAACUGAUUGUGGGAAGUCAUUUAAUGUUUCUCUAUGACAGACCAAUUUUCCUCAACUGUAUUUUUAUUCCAUUUUCAUAAAGUUUUGGGAUUUCCUGGUAUAAAAGAAGAAAAUGUCUUGGGAGUCACAGCAAACACGAGUACCAACUCUUCUACAUAUUUAAUUUUUCUGAGCCUCAGGUUUAUGAAACAUAAACAUCACACUACUUACUGCAUGGCUGUUACAGUAGCUUGGCCUGGGAUAAGCAAUUAGUUUCUUCUACCUGUGUGUGUGCAUACGUAGUUAAUGUUGAAUUUUUGUGCCAAAAUAUUAAUCAUAACCAUAAGCAGUGAGCCUUUCUAGCAUCAGUCUCCCUAAGGAAGGUAGGUUUGAUGAAGUGAAAAGCAGUUUAUUGCAAGCGAGCAGAGUAAACUGAGCAUAAUAACAGCUGGACACUGGCAAAAGGCAGUGGCCUGCAGUAUCGCACUGCUGGAACACUAAGUAGUGUAUUCGAGCCUCAAAAUCCUGAAGUAUAUGUCUUAGAUUAUGUCUAAUUAAUGUUUUUAGUGCUCAGGCAAACUAUGAGAAUCUUAGAUUCACUGAAAACAAGGGAUACCUAUUUUUGAAUAUUUUUUUUUAUAUUAGAUUAUCACACACAUUGAAGAUAUAGUUUAUCUGACAGCAUUUAAAAUGUUAAAAAGAAAGUCCGCCAAACUCCAGUUCCUAACCAAGAAUUUAUAAAGUUAUGCUGCAGAAAUGACUUAGAAUAUAGAGAACAUUGAAACAAGUGAGUUUGGGGAGCUUAAAAACAAGCAGGCUGAAAGCACUUUAUUGAUGUCUGCUCCGUAUAUAACAGAAAAUGAAGAAGCUGCGUCUUAAAGUACACCAAGCUCUUCCAGGCCUUCCCAUUUCCUUGUUCAUUUGAAUGAACAGCCCUGACUGUGGAACUGGUCUUUAACAAAGAUAAACGUUGACUGUAACAUCUCUCCUUCCUAAGACAACUUCUUUUUGCUUUGAUUAUCUUCCCAGGAGUUUUUUGUCCUUUGAGCAGCAGGAAGUCUAGAUCCAGAUGGAAGCUAUUAAGAUGCAGGGAGGCUAUUCACUGUUAGGAACAUUUUUAGUAAUGAUUACCAUCAGGACAGAAUAGGGUCAUCCAAGAAUAGAACAUCUUAUUUACAUAAUUUAUGAUCUCAGUGGUUUGAUUUUUGUUUUGUAAUCUACAGCUUUGCUGUCCAAUGUGGUCAGCACUAGCCACAUAUAGCUAUCUAAUUAAAUGUGGAUAAAAUAAAAAUUCAGUUCCUUAAUCACACCAGUGAUAUUUAAAGUGCCCAUGUGACUUAUGUGACUAGUGCUAAACUGACCAGUGAAGAAUUACAGAAUAUUUUAUUGUCACAGAGCUUCUACUGGAUGGUGUUGAUAAGCAUAUGAAAAUGAAAAGUAAAGUAACAGUCCUUAGUUCUUUAUAGAUUAAGAUAUCCCUUCUACAGUUUUCUAUACAAUUUACCAAAUAGGAGGGAAAAACUUGUUUAUAUCAAAAAAUAACUUUGUGAUGGCUGUUUAUUUAAAAUAGAAAAGUUGGAAAGCCAGGAAGCUGGAUGGGAAGGUAGCAGCUGCUGUGUUUCCUAAUGAGUCCCUGGUACAAUGAUGAGUUCCUGAGAGCUGGCUCACCUGCUGCCAGACUGAGCUGGGCUGCCAGGCUGCCGUGCAGAUGUCACCUGCAGCGUAGAUAUCCGGAAGUGAUGUGUGCAUGUGGUCAUCUACUUUCAGGCCGCCGUCUUCUCCUACAUCAAACUAAAUGAUGUUGCUGAUAAGCAGUAAGUUUAGAGAAAACUGAAACAUGACUUUGUAACAAUAAAAGAACAUGUCAAAUUUUCA